CAACCACACACACGACAAUGUCAGCUCCCGCGCGGCCACUGGCUGCUCUCAAAUCAGCACUGCGCCAAUUGCGCGCCGACAAGCACCACUCGCGCUGCUAUGCCACCGCCGCUCCUACCAUCCCCGGCAGGCCCGUCAACUUCCACCCGGGUGCCAUCAUGACCGGUCGCAACAGCGAACACAGUAUGAAGAAGAUCCCUGUCUUCCCUGCCGUUCCUUCGGCUCGCACAACUUGCAAGGACCCCAUCGCCGCCGUUACCGCCUCUCAAAUCUCUACCCUCGACCCUACUGGUGCUCGUACCCGCCUCUUCAGCCGCGAGAACAUCGACCGCGCAAACCCUGGUGAUAUCCUCCUUGUUCGCCUGAAGAAUGGCGACCAAUACGCUGGUGUAUGUCUGAACAUCCGUCGUCAAGGCAUCGACUCUGCCAUCCUCCUCCGCAACAACCUGACCCGUGUGGGUGUCGAGAUGUGGUACAAGAUCUACAGCCCCAACGUCGAGGGUAUCGAAGUCGUGCAAAGGAAGGAGAAGAGAGCAAGAAGAGCUAGACUUUACUACAUGCGCCAGCCCAGACACGACAUUGGCAGUGUCGACAACAUCGUCAGACAAUACCAGAGACAGCGUGCCAUGUUGCGCAGCUCCGAGGUCAAGAGCAGAGAUGCAAAUGCUCGCAAAAAGAAGAACAACAAGCGUGGCUCCAACUAGAGUUGAUACUAAGAAUGUUGCAUUGGGCGGCGUUUUUGGUGGGCUCCGAAAGAGAGAGGAAAGAAGUCACGUCUUCUGUAUUUAUAUUUGUACAAAUUUAUGUUCAUCUCACAGGCUUCAGGCCGAGCAACAAAAUCAUUUGAUCUAUUGAAAGGUUGGUGAGUAGAUCGCCAGGGUCACCAAACUCAUCUUCUCUGCGUUCAGACUGGCUUGUCUCUUUGGCGCUGUGCAUCGCAGCUUCCUUGUCAAACCCACCGCGCUUACUUAUCUGAUCAACUGCCUAUUUUCAGCAGAAAUUGACCGACUAUCGCCAUAUUCUAUGUGUAACCCAACAUCGAAUAGCCGCCCAAUGCAGAGACACCCUGCACGGGUUGUAUGCAAGUCGGCCUUAUCUCGAUCGUAGCGUCUACCACGGCGGCUACCUGCAGCUUGACUCUGCACCUCCAAGCCCAAGAUGAAAGGCCAUAAGAACACGGUGAGUUCGACGGAC